AUGACCGACGAUCGUGAGACUAUUGUAGGAUUAUCAGAUACUGAUGGCUUCACCAAGCACUAUUUGAUUAAUGAUCCUAUUCAAAUACGAUUUUUUGAAAAUCCAAGAUUUUCCUCAACAUUGAAGAAGCAUCUAUCAAAAGUAUACAAGGUUGCAUGUCAAAUUGUAGAAAACAAUGAAAAUCGAGAUGACGAAACAAGUUUAUAUUUGAAUUUUAGCGGAGAUGUAAAAAAAAAUGUAAAAGGCGCUCGGGAGUUUUCGAAAGCAAUGUUUAGUUCGAUGCAAAUGAAAACUUAUAACGAUCCUAAAAUGGAUGGAAAAGUGAUCAAUUGGUCUUCAAACAUUUACUCGCAACGUGUUUUACAAACAAUACAGAAAAUAUUCGAUAACAGAAAAAUGUUCACCGUUUGGGAGAAAACAGACUUAUUUACAGGCUAUUACGUUGUUUACUAUUUUAAUACUGAUACGCAACAAUUUGGUGCAUUCAUCGAAAACAUCAGUCGAAUACUCCUUGAAGAAAUUUCUUUCACAGAAAUAAAUAAUGGAAACUCUAGUGUAAAGUCAAAACUAUUUCUACAAGAAUUCCAUCAGUUCAUUCGUGAUAGUCAAAAACAACACGAAGAAAUAGCUGUUCUAUAUUGUAAAGAGCAACAACUGAAAGUAAGCUUAUUCGGGCACAAACAACAAUUGAAAAUAUUAAAAAAACAAAUGCAACAACUAAUGCAUAAGCAUAAACUCAGAACAUGCUACAUUACUAUGGAUGAAAGUCAGCGCAACUACUUGUUAGACGAAUGCUCAGAAAAAUUGAGAGAAAUCGAGCGUCAAUACACCGACGACGACGUCAAAUUCAACGUCAGACAAAAUGAAUUUCAAGCGCCAGAGUAUCUUGUCGAAAAAGUGAAAGCAUCUAUCAAUCAGAUGAUUUUUGAUCAUUUUACAGUUACAUUCGAACACAUUACGCCAGAAGCUUCCCAAUCAUUAACGACAAAGGAGAAGACAGAACUCAAGUAUUUUUCGCUGAUCAACAACUGUCAAACUAUUGAUAUUGAGGCAAAGUGUAAAAGGAAAGCUUUCUCAGUUCCAAAAGCAUUAACAAAUACACCUAUUAGCCGCUUAUCCAAAUACAUCACUGAGCAGUCAACUCUUUUCUCUUCAUCUGAUUUCAUGUACUACAAAGCAGCUGUUUUACAUGCAUCGAUCGAGAUUCAUAGCACAUCAAAUCAUUUUAUGGAGGAAAACAUGGAUCUUACUGUAUUGUCAUCACCAGUAGACGCAAAAAAAGAAGGUAUUGACGCCAACAAAGGUAAUACUUUUUUUGAAACACCGUCAGGCCAAAGGACUUUAUUUCUCCAUUGGACUCCUGCAACUUGCAACGGAAAUUCUCAGAUAAAAUCGAAAUUAAAAGAGAACGUUAAAAAAUUUAUUUCAACAUCGCUGCAAUGCAUCAGUAACAACGUGGAAGAUCAUGAUAAGCUAGAAAGAAUUAUAUUUUCAACAACUGAAUGGGAAAAUUGUGCCAAUAAAAAAGAAUUUGCUUCAGAAAUGAUAAAUGAGAUGCAAUAUCAACUGCAGACACGAAUUGGAUGCCGAUGGAAAAUUUUACUUGUUUUUUCUAAAAACGAGCAGCAAACAGAAUUAUAUAAAGAAUUUCUAGCGGUCAUGUUAACGAGAAAAACCGAAAAAGAUUGCGCUGCUACAAUUUCAAUUCCAGUCACAGGUACGCGUUCUCAUAGACGAAUUCUAUUUUUAUUGGUUGGUCAAUAA